CGCACCCGCUCCCUAAGCUUGGCCCCGCCUCCGUUUCUCGGUCCCUGCGCCCGGGCGGGGUGAGAGGAGUGAGUGCGCAGGCGCCGUUGCAGCUGGACAGGGCGGACCGCGGGCCACGUGCAACCACCCCGCCCUCCAGCUACUCCACCAUGAGUUCCUGCGGGGCUGUGGGUUCUGUGCGUGCGCGAUACCUUGUGUUCUUCCAGUACUUGGGCACUGACUUCAAUGGGGUCGCGGCCGUGAGGGGUAACCAUCGCGCUGUUGGGGUGCAGAACUUCCUGGAGGAGGCCGCCAAGAGGCUGAACUCGGUCGAGCCCGUCAGGUUUACUAUCUCCAGCCGCACUGAUGCCGGAGUGCACGCCCUGAGCAACGCGGCACACCUGGACAUCCAUCGCCGCUCAGGCCUGCCGCCUUACUCCCCAGAGGUCGUGGCCCAGGCCCUCAACACCCACCUGAGGCACCGGGCCAUUCGCGUACUGAAGGCCUUCCGAGUGCCCAAUGACUUCCAUGCUCGCCAUGCAGCCACCUCCAGAACCUACCUAUACCGUCUGGCCACAGGCUGCCCCUGGCCUGAUCAGCUGCCUGUGUUUGAACAAAAUGUAUGCUGGGCUCUUCAGACAACGUGCCUGGAUGUGGCUGCCAUGCAGGAGGCUGCCCAGCACCUCCUGGGGACACAUGAUUUCAGUGCUUUCCAGUCUGCUGGCAGCCCAGCCACAAAUACUGUGCGCACUCUACAACGAGUCUCCGUGUCUUCUGGUCCAGCCAGUCCAUUUGUCCUCCCCCAGGAGAGCAGGAGGCUGCAGUUCUGGACGUUGGAGUUUGAAAGCCAGUCUUUCCUAUAUCGACAGCUCUCUGCUGCAGGUACGGAGGAUGACAGCUGUGCUGGUAGCUGUGGGGCAAGGGACUCUGACACCCACACAGGUGAAAGCAAUUCUGGAGAGUCAAGAUCCCCUGGGUCCUACAUCCUGAGCCCUGUAAGGUCCAAUGUGGAAACCCAGCUGACUGUACACUCUGGAAGUGAAGAACCAUACAGCAUACUAAGUCUGGCUGUCAGCCUUGUCCAUUUACUGCAUUCAGCAGAGAUUAAUCCACAGCUAUAUGGGGCUCUGGUAGUCCUGCCUACCUUCCAGCAGCUCCCACAUCCCCAAUCUUUCCACUGUGGACAUCCCUUUGUCACUAAAGGAUGGGGUACCAGGCAAGAAACAGCUAUAAGCAAGCACCCUAGUAGCCUCUGGUUCUGCUUUUCUGGAAACCCCAUCUUCUUGGGGCAAGGGAGUAGGAAUAAAAGGCAUAGCGAACAAAAAGGCUUGUUUAUUACUUUAGCCAGCCUGUGA